GUUCCACUGGGGAGCAUUAUCCAAACGGUCCCUGCUGGUAAGCAAAACAAAACAGCCCAGCUCUUUCACUUUGAACAAAUCCCUUUCAUACAUUGCUAACAACUCAAAAAAAUAAAACGUAGGUCAAAUUUGACUUCUAUAUUUUUAUAAUGCUGGCACUUAUUGUCAUGAUUAACCCGUGUAAAGGUGCUGAAAAGAUGGAGAUAUUUUAAGCUAAUGCUACAAGCUAAAGAUAGUCACGAGAAAGUGAAUAAUCCCAUCAUUUAAUUGCGACGUGUAGCCCUCGUGUUGGGUGUGACAGGCUACUGACUAUCACCUACCCUGUCCUAGUCAAUUUUAUUUAGUAUAAAUUAGAUUAAUCAUGCUAGCGUUUUAACUAGUAGCACUGGUGAGCAAACGUUGAUCAUACAUAGAAUAGAUUCACAGCGAACAUGGGCUACGUUUGUCAUCGAGCAGGUGUGGUCGUUUGUAAAAUCAUGCGAUAGUGCCCAAUGUCAACCUAAGAAACAGUGGCGGUGGUGAAAAAUACUAUCUAGCUGUCAGUGAGCCGAGCUGUCACCUUCUUCGCCAUGCCUGGGAUGGUGGCUUUCGGUCGGCGCUGGGGCAUCGCCAGUGACGACCUGGUUUUUCCUGGUUCUUUUGAAAUGCUGGUUCGAGUGCUGUGGUGGAUCGGCACGUUGAUUCUGUACACUUAUCAUAAAGGGCGUUUUGACUGCAGCGGCGGCGGAGUGCUUCACAGCUACAUUGUUGGAUUGUUGGUCAUCCUGGCUUUCAUCAUUUUCUCAUUAGGGGCCAUUGUUUACGUCAGUGCACAAGGCACAAUUACAAACCCUGGUCCGCGGCGCUCCAUUACUGCUCUGGUGUACUUGCGAGCUCUGCUGUACCUCCCAGAGCUGGGCUGGGCCUGUCUGGGGGCAGUGUGGGUGUCUGAUGACAGCAAAGGGUGCAACCCUGCCACCGUGGGGGCAGUCAUCGUGGCUGUUGUUGCAAGUUGGAUCAUCCUGCUUUUCACUGGCGUGGGCGUGGUCUUUGUGUUCGACCCUCUGGGGAGCACUCGUCGCGAGCAGGCCUCUAUGGAGCCCUUGGGUGUGCGGGACAUGGAGAGCAGUGAAGGGAGCCAGUUUCUGUCCACGGCACGUUCUCUGGCUGUGAAGGUGUGGGAGAGCCGCCUCAAACUGCUCUGCUGCUGUCUGCCCCAGGAUGACAGCCACAGAGCUGCCUUCUCCAGCAUCGCCCAGCUCGUCAGUGGAUUCUUCUCUGACACAGACCUGGUUCCCAGUGACAUCGCAGCUGGCUUGGCUCUGCUGCACCAGGAGCAGGACAAGAAGGAACAGAGCAGAGACCCGGACGUCAUAGCAACCCACAGCCCCUCCUCUCCUCUUGGGGAGGAUUUGGAGACCGAGCUGGAGAAGGCAGCUCACUGUAUGCAGUUUGCGGCAGCUGCGUACGGAUGGCCCAUGUACAUCUACUCCAACCCUCUGACUGGGCCAUGUAAACUCUCCAAAGACUGUUGCAGAAGUCAAACGGCUGAGUAUGAGAUCGUAGGAGGAGACCAUCUCGGCUGUCACUUUUCUUCCAUCCUGCACAGCACUGGUUUACAAUACAGGGACUUUAUCCAUGUCAGCUUCCACAACCAGAUUUAUGAGAUCCCCUUCUUCGUGGCACUGGAUCACAAGAGAGAGGCUGUGCUGGUGUCUGUGAGAGGGACACUGUCUCUUAAGGACGUUCUGACUGAUUUAUCCGCUGAAUGUGAAAAUCUACCACUAGAGGGAGUCUACGGAGCCUGCUAUGCUCAUAAGGGAAUGUGCCAGGCGGCUGGUUACAUCUACAAGAAGCUCAUCAAUGAUGGCAUCCUCAAUCAGGCCUUCUCUAUCGCACCUGAGUAUAAACUGGUCAUCACUGGGCACAGCCUGGGUGCGGGCACAGCUGCUCUGUUGGCAGUCAUGCUGAAAAAUUCCUUCCCCACGUUGAAGUGUUAUGCCUUCUCGCCACCAGGGGGACUAGUGAGUAAGGCCUUGGCCGAUUACACCAAGGACUUUGUAAUAUCUGUUGUUUUGGGGAAAGAUCUUGUUCCCAGACUAAGUCUUCCAAACAUGGAGGAUUUGAAGAGGAGAAUUCUCAAAAUAGUGUCAAACUGCAACAAACCAAAGUACCGUAUACUGCUACAGGGCUGUUGGUACGAGGUGUUCGGAGGCGAUCCAGACGACUUCCCCACAGAGAUGGACAACAGGCGGGAGGAGGAGCUGAGCCAGCCACUGCUAGGGGAGGAGUCCCUGAUCAUCCGCCACUCAUCGUCUUAUCAGAGCUUGGCAUCCGACGACUCUCCCGCCCACGCCGUCACGCACUUACCGCUCUUCUUACCCGGCCGCGUUCUGCACAUCACCGAAGAUGGACCCACGCGGAGGUCAUGUUUCGCCCGGGUGCGUUACCGUGCCGACUGGUCCAGUGAGAUGGCAUUCCGCAGUGUCCUGAUCAGCCCGCGGAUGCUCACCGACCACAUGCCCGACGUAGUGCUGCGGGCGCUCCAGAGCCUCACCACGGAGCGACCAUUUGCACUGUGUCCAUCCGCCUCAGCAUACAACCAGCACAACCCCAUCUGAAAGCUCCCAUAGUCCCUAUUAUUCAGACUUUUAAAACUACUUUCAAUGUGUGAAUGUUUGCAAGAAAACAGAAGUCCAGGUAUGUUUUGAUGAGGAAACAACAUUAUAUCAUGGCCAAAAAGUCAUUUUAGGUUCUAUAUUCUGUAUAGGACCUGAAUGUCUGCUGCAUACGUGUAAGCCAUGGGACGUGCUCUGGUAUUUCUAUAGUUUUAUUAUGGGCUAUUAUUCUUUUGAUUGUAAGAAGGGACUGAAAUUAACCAGACGGCUAUUCCAUAAAGCUAACCCAAUAUUUUUACUGUCUUAAAAACAUGAAAAACAAAACUGGUUCUUUUUAGAUAAUUUGCAGCAGUCUUAAGUUAUUCCUCACUUUCCUAAUGCUUUCCUAGAAUUGUAAUUUUUCACCAAGAUGAGUUUAUAAUCAAAACCUCUCCCAACUUUCAGAGAUCAAAGUGGAGUUUUGCUGUCAUGUUAAUGCUAAAAACAACUAGCAUUCUAACAUUGCAUUUUAUGGUUCUUGAACAAUAAAAACAUUUUCUAAUUAGAUACAGACGUCACGUAGCAGCCUCAUUUUGAUGAGGUGCUUAUUUAACAUAGCUACACCGCCUGGCCAAAAAAAAAGUCACCAUCUGGAUUUAACUAAGCAAAUAGGUACAAGCCUCCUGCAGUUGGUCCGGUCUAGGUGCAGCAACAGUCUGAGGUCAGCUGACACCUGAAUAUACUGAAUGACCAGGUUAUUCCAUCAAUGGAUUUUUUUCUUUCCUGAUGACAUGGGUAUAUUCCAAGAUGACAAUACCAGGAUUCAUCAGGCUCAAAUUGUGAAAGAGUGGAUCAGGAGUAGGAGACAUCAUUUUCAUACAUGGAUUGUCCACCACAGAAUCUUGUGACAUUGCAGAAGCGAAUUAGAAUGUGUGACCUUUUUUUUUUUUGGUGGAGACUUUUUUUUUUGCCCAGGCAGUAGUGUAUAUUACUACUAUAAAUCAAAUUAUGCACACAAUAAUAGCAGAUUCUUUAUUACCAUGUGGUCUUAUGGUAUUCUUAAAUAGACAAAGAUUAAUCUAGAACUCUGCAUAAAAAGUCUAAUUUAGUCUUUUUUCAUAAUCUGUUAAGGUUCAUUAUUGAUUAGUUCUAUUUAAUAAUGCUGUAGUCGACUAAAGAAAUUCUCGGUCGACUAAAGAAAUUCUCGGUCGACUAAAGACAUGUCCUGCGAUCAAGUAGUCGACUAAAAAGAGGGAGUGGCAAAAAACUAUUACAUAUCUAAUAUCUGACCCAAACUACACUCACAAGUCUACAUCUGCACGGGAGUUUGUACAAAAUCAACUAUGUAGAAAAAAGUACUAGGAAACAAUGUAUUCAUAUAAAGACUUUUGAAUCAUGAGUUACAUCUACGUUUUUACAUGUAAAUACCACAAAUGCCAAAUCUUCAGCUAAAUCACCCACUCACUCACUUCUCCUUUCUGCUGAUGUCUGUAAAUCUAAUUCUAAAUGUGUCUAAAUAAAAUGUAAUACAAAUUUUAAUGAACUAAACAAACUACAGGCCUACUAUCUAUGUAAAACAAUGUCAAUCCUAUAUAUUUAAUACAUAAAAAAAAGUAAAGAAAAUGACAAAAUAGCAAACUACAUCAGAGAUUCUCACUCACAAAUACGGCAGAAAAUAUUACAAUCUCAAAUGAUAAUUAUACACGAUAUAAAUGUGAACAAACCCAACUAUUGUUUAACUAGAACUGCAAUGUUUUUAUUUACGCAGAUGUAAUGGUUUUAUGGAAUAGCCCUGCGCCGGCAUGUUAGGUUGGAGCACAAUUUGUUACCAAGCACUUUUAAUAGAACUCUUUAAUUUACUUUUAUUUAAUUAUUUUGUCUUUGAGCGGCUUGAUGCCAUGCUAAAAGAAUGUGCGUUGUGUACAAUAUUUGUAUAGUCAGUGUUUUUGUGCGUGUGUGACUGCUGUUUGAUGGUUCAAUUCCCCUGAUAUGACUGAAUUAUUUCCAAACUUGAGGGGUAGCAUCCAUCUUCCCCGUGUUAUUAGUACCUGUGUAUGUUUAUGGUGUAUCGUCAUAACACAUCAAGGUGAACAGUGCCUAUGCUUUACUGAAAACAAUGGGGCGGUCGCUAUUACAUGCUGUUUGAUUUGUGCAUGAAAAGGCGAUAAUUGUACCCAGACCUGCUAUUGUUUACACAAAUUGUUUUUUUUCAGGAAGUGUCAUCAGCUUGCAUUAAUAUUUCCGAUUAAACAUGAUGUGACUGCGUUGGGCUCCUUGAUGCAAAAUAAAUUGUAAUCAAAUACCUACAA